AAAACAGUUACUUCAAAUGACUUCAGAAACCCCACAUUUCCCGAUAUUGAGUAACUUUUGGGACACUCUGUAUUACGUACUACAUAUUAUGGCCUAAGGUGGCACAUACAUAUAUAUAUGGUGUGUGUUUAAAUUUCAAAGUACAUAGUGGGGGUUAUGGAAAUUGCGCGCGUAUACUACAUGAUAUUGUAUUAGAUUUUUACGUGAAAUAUUGUAUUUUUGUAAACAAUUGACACGAGUUUUUUUAAAUGGAAGAGGUAACGUUCUCAGAUUUCCAAAAUGACGAACGGUAUAAAAAGUUGGAACGGACAUUAAAAUUAGCUUCUUUCAAGAAAAGAGUUAGACAAGAAGAAGACGAAUCAUGGCAUUUACCCAUGUCACCUAGUAUGUCCAGCAUUAAUGUGGACGCAUCUGAUGUCAAUACGAAUAUUCCAGAUUCGCGAGCCUUUAAAAUUGGCAGCGAAAUUGUUUCUUCUAGCAAAAAUCUAAGAAAUAUAGUGCUAAAAAAGAAAGACCUAAAGAAUAAUCUUCAAACUAUAUCCACGUCUAGUAUUAGAGACUUGAACAGUACGAAUGGCUUGCAAGAUCAUUUUAUGAUGCCACCUCCUAAUUGUAAUUUUAUUCCUGGGAGCUCUAAAAAAGUAAACAGUACACCAUUAGCUAAUAUCAACAGAAAUGCACCAGUAUAUUUGAGUAAAUGCGCUUCAUCUGAUACUGAUAAACAAUCUCUUAAAUUAAAUAAUUCUGCUUCCCUACAAAUUAGUCCUAAUAAAAUAGCACAUGAUAGAAUUAGAAUGUUUACUAGAUGGAAAGUCAUAUUAAACGAACAGAGACAAUUGAUCAUUCAAGGAAUAAUAAAUGGUAGCAAAUUUGCUAGAAGCAAGCCUAUUGUAAGGAGAAUAAUAUCAACUAAGGUUCAGUCUAUAUCUAACCAUAUAUAUCAUUUGGAAGGGAAUAUUGUUGACAAUGAAUGUGAGUUACCAGAUUAUGUCAGAGGUAAAUUUUACAAUGGAUUUCCGGACGACUGGGAGAAUGUUCAUCAGAUAUGGCAAUUGUAUAUACAACAGGGUUCCAGACUAACGUUUCGUUGGCCUACUCCACUCGCAGAUAGCGAUGAUGACAUAAGAAGAUUCACUGCGAAUUGGAUGUACAGUAAAAUGGUAACGUUCUCAGAUUUCCAAAAUGACGAACGGUAUAAAAAGUUGGAACGGACAUUAAAAUUAGCUUCUUUCAAGAAAAGAGUUAGACAAGAAGAAGACGAAUCAUGGCAUUUACCCAUGUCACCUAGUAUGUCCAGCAUUAAUGUGGACGCAUCUGAUGUCAAUACGAAUAUUCCAGAUUCGCGAGCCUUUAAAAUUGGCAGCGAAAUUGUUUCUUCUAGCAAAAAUCUAAGAAAUAUAGUGCUAAAAAAGAAAGACCUAAAGAAUAAUCUUCAAACUAUAUCCACGUCUAGUAUUAGAGACUUGAACAGUACGAAUGGCUUGCAAGAUCAUUUUAUGAUGCCACCUCCUAAUUGUAAUUUUAUUCCUGGGAGCUCUAAAAAAGUAAACAGUACACCAUUAGCUAAUAUCAACAGAAAUGCACCAGUAUAUUUGAGUAAAUGCGCUUCAUCUGAUACUGAUAAACAAUCUCUUAAAUUAAAUAAUUCUGCUUCCCUACAAAUUAGUCCUAAUAAAAUAGCACAUGAUAGAAUUAGAAUGUUUACUAGAUGGAAAGUCAUAUUAAACGAACAGAGACAAUUGAUCAUUCAAGGAAUAAUAAAUGGUAGCAAAUUUGCUAGAAGCAAGCCUAUUGUAAGGAGAAUAAUAUCAACUAAGGUUCAGUCUAUAUCUAACCAUAUAUAUCAUUUGGAAGGGAAUAUUGUUGACAAUGAAUGUGAGUUACCAGAUUAUGUCAGAGGUAAAUUUUACAAUGGAUUUCCGGACGACUGGGAGAAUGUUCAUCAGAUAUGGCAAUUGUAUAUACAACAGGGUUCCAGACUAACGUUUCGUUGGCCUACUCCACUCGCAGAUAGCGAUGAUGACAUAAGAAGUGAAGUAACAGAUCUCACAUUUGCAUCUAUAGAAAAUACAUCUCCACCAAAGUCAUUUGCUAAUUUGCAAACAAACCAGAACAAACAGAAUUUUACUGUGCUGAAUCCUAAUGCAAGUAAAGAUAAUCAGUAUUCUUAUAAGGACAGUAAAACAAAUAAAUUGAAGGAUAAAUUAAAUGUAAUUGUUAAUAGUAUAAAAGAUCAAAAUUGUUCCGAAGAAUUUGUUAGUAAAGUUAUUGAUAUAUUUGAUUGUUUACAUUAUGUUGUGUCAUAUGGAUCGAGUAAAGAGAAUGAAUCCAAUAUGGAAAUUUCAACAUCGAUGCAGAGUAAAAGUAUAGUGCAAGAACAAAAGAAACAUAUCAGCAAUGAAUCAAUUCCUUCAUACAAUCCUAUCGAAUGUGAAAUGGAUAAAUGUAAGAAUAUUAAUAUAUAUCAUAACAAAAAUACUACUUCUAAGGACUCCUCAUUAAAUAUGAGAAAUCACACUAAAACAAAUAGUCGCGUAGAUAAAGAUGCCUCCGAUAGCGAGAGUGAAAUUUAUACUGGAAUUCCGAAAAUUUCUACGGAGCGAAUAUUACAGCAAAGAGAAAUCUUAGUGAAGCCUCAUAAACGUAAAACAAGAUCAACGAAGCUUUCACAACGGUAUUGCGAGGCUCAGGGAAAGAAUAUUCAAAAUAGUAAUAAUAUGUACAGUAACGAUUCUGGUGUUAGUAUUAUUGGAGAUCAAAUAGAGUUUUCAGGAAUGGCAAAAUUAACGAAAUCGAAGGUAGAAAAUAACGUUAAUGAGAAUGUUAAUCUCGGUCAAACAGUAAGGGGACAAUCGAAAGGGUCCAAUGUCUCUACAAAAGAAAUAAGUGCUGAUAAAAUGCUAGAACAUUUUGUUGAAAAAGAUUCUAUGUCUCUUCAUAAAUUAACAAGAAAUGCUUCAAGCUCUUCUGAUAUAGAUGAAUGUGAUACUGGUGAAAUCAAUGGAACUGUAGAAAAUAAGAAUGUUGUUUCCGAAACAAAUUUUCAGAAUGAAGCUUCAAAGAAACGGAACUAUAAUGUCGCGAAUAACCAGUAUCAGUUAUUGAAUAAAAUAUGCAAGCCUGUUGUGAUUAGUUCAGAAGCUGUUGAUACAAAUAAAAUGUAUAAAGAAAUUAAGCAAGCUAAAACUGUUAAUAAAAAUGGUAAAGUAUCAGAAAAAGAGGUACAACCCCUGGUACAGAAAAAGUCUCCUAUAAAAGUACUUAACACUAUACAAAAUACUGAUUCAGACGCGUUAAUUGAUAAUAAUCGUGAAGAACAUGAAGGAUCAAAAAAUCUCAUACAGCUGAAUCAAAUACGUAUUUGUGGAGAAGAACAGGACAAAGAUGAUAUUAAAACUGAAAAAUUAACCGGUUGGACUCCGGUACUUAUAUAUAAUCCUGUGUUAUGUUUAACUUUUGAGGGAAAAUUACUGAACGAUGCUGGUCACGUUGUUAAACGAAGAUUUCGAACGGACGCUGUACUUCGUCGAAUAUCACCGAAAUUGGUCGAAACCAUAACUCAUAAGUUCUAUACACUAGUUGGCGAUUUAAAUAAUCACAAACAUGUGAUACCUAAACAGUUGGUCACUCAAUGCCGUAACGGAUGUCCGACAAGGAUAGAUCAGUUUUGCAAGACAUGGGAAUCAUUGCAAAAUGCUGGUGAAACUGAUGACGAUACAGAAAAUAAUAUCCAGAAUAUUCGCAUGAGCUCGAAAGGCAGGAGAAUUAUACCUCCGUUAAGUUAUUGGACUGGUGAACGUGUUUCUAUGAAACAUAAUAAAUCAGUGUAUACUCCAGGUUCUUCACAUGACUCUUCAGUGGAAUAUAUGAGUAAAAGUCUUAACAAAAAUAAAUCUAUGAAUAAAACAACGAAUCAAGAAAAUAAUUCAAACAAGGAACAAGGUUCGAAAGAAUUUAAGAGUCCAGAAAGCACUGAAAAUACAAAAGGAGGCGUGGUGAAAGGAAGAAAGAAAAAGAAAAUCGCUCAGGAGCUAUCAGAUUCAAGUGACGCCGCUGACAUUAGAAGUCCUCCUGCGAGCAAGAGACAAAGGUUCACUGCGAAUCUGCAAGAAUCCUACACCGCCGUAUGCACGACAAAUAGUCCAAGAAAAUUGGUAAAUGAUUUAUUAUUACGGAUUUUUGAUUGGAUUAUUAAAGAAAUAGUUGUACAUUGUUCAUUCUUACAGCGUAAACGUUGUUUGGAAAAUGAAAGAACCGAAUGGAAAGCAAGAUCAAAUACUGAACAGAUUACAUCACCAGUUAAUGAAAUGUCGACGGAUCAAUCUAUAUCCGGGAAUCAUUAUAACGUAAAUUACUUUUGUUACCGAAGUAAACGUUGCCCGAAUGACACGUUAUCGGAGGAUCAAGAAUCUUAUGUACAAUAGAAACUUAUCUUUUAGUUGUGACUGAAGAGAAGUAAUGUAAAGUUUUAUAUGUAUUUCGUGAAUAAAACAUACACAAAAAAUCUGUACAUCUUAA